AUGUCAAUCUACGGAUAUUUUUUAAUAAUAUAUGUUACUCCGCCGAAAAUGACUAAUUUAAAAUAUAUUUUAUUGAACUUACAUACUAGUACAGUUUUUCUAGAUUGUGCGAUUAAUUUCUUGAUUACACCAUAUUUAUUUAUACCGUGUACUGCUGUUUCAUUAUACGGAGUUUUGAGAAACACCUUCAUACCAUUCAAAAUGCAGACUUUCAUGGCACAGUAUGCUAUCUACAGUAAGUUUAUUUUUUCGAAAAACAGAAUUCAUUUGUACAUAACUUUAAAGAACUUCAGAUUUGGGCAUGGCUAUAAUUUUUGUUUUUCAAAAUCGACACAGUGUUAUAUCAACAAUAUCUUGGAGAAUGACUAGAAAAUCAACAAAAAUUAUAUAUUAUGUUGCACUCUAUAGUUUUGGUUUCAUUUUUGUUGGUCUUUGUUAUACAGGCGACAUCAAUACUGAUGAAAUCAAACUCAAUUUUCUCAAAACUAAUCCUUGUCCACCAGCUGUAUUUUUCGAAAAAUCAACACAAAUAAUCACAUCUCAAUUGGGUAUUGCUGGAUUGAGUGUGUUAAUUGGGUCUUCAACACUAUUAGCUAAUUUGAUGUUAUUUGUUACAUCUGCUGUUUAUAAUUUGGUUUUCAAAACAACUGGAAUAUCAGCAAAAACCAGACAAUAUCAGUUGAAGUUUAUGACAACAAUAUCGAUUCAGAUAACAGUUCCGAUCAUAGCUAUUGUAAUUCCAGUAGUGUAUAUAUCGAUAUCUGUUUUUAAUUCAGUUAAUAAUCAAUUUUUAAUUAGCUUGGCUGUUAUCUCACUCUCCUUCCAUGGAUUAUUAUCAAAUAUAAUUUUGGUAUUGAUACACAAGAAUUAUCGAGAUUUCACUUUCCGGAUUUGGAAUAA